CCGCGUCCCCGCUGCGGGGCGGAGCGAGGCGGAGCCGCCCCACGAGCCGCUCCGGAGCCGGCGGAGCGCUUCGGGCUCCGGGAGGGGAGCUCGAUGACACCCAGAAAGAAGCUGGAGGGUCUCGUCGCUGCCACAGUCACCCCGAUGACUCCUGAUGGACAAAUCAACCUUUCAGUGAUUUGCCAGUAUGUGGAUUACCUGGUAAACGAGCAGAACGUGAAGAACAUCUUCGUGAAUGGCACCACGGGAGAAGGCCUGUCCCUCAGCAUCCAGGAGAGGAAGCAGUUGGCAGAAGAAUGGAUGCGCCAAGGAAAAGACAAGCUGGAUCAUGUGAUAAUUCACGUGGGAGCAUUAAGUCUACCGGACUCCCAAGAGCUGGCUAGACACGCAGCAGCCAUAGGCGCUAGUGGUAUUGCAGUAAUAGCUCCCUCCUUCUUCAAACCCACAAACAAAGAUGCACUCCUUGGUUUCUUACAGAAAGUUGCAUCUGAAGCCCCUACGGUUCCAUUUUAUUACUAUCACAUUCCAACCCUGACGGGUGUAAAGAUUCGUGUUGAGGAGCUGCUGGAUGGAAUAAGAGAGCAGAUCCCCACCUUCCAGGGUGUGAAGUUCAGCGACACAGACCUCUUGGACCUUGCACAGUGCAUAAACAAGAAUGAGAGAGAACAGUUUGUGUUUCUCUAUGGGGUAGAUGAGCAACUGUUGAGUGCACUGGCAGUAGGGGCAAAUGGAGCAGUUGGAAGUAGGGAAUCACUGCUAUCCUCAUUAUAUUGUACCUACAACUACUUAGGUAGGAAAGCCAACCUGAUGUUGCAAGCUUUUGCAAAGCCAGACCUUGCAUUGGCACGGAAGUAUCAGUUUCUCGCAGGGGAGUUUCUCAACUUUGUCAUCAAGCUAGGUUUUGGUGUUGCACAGACGAAAGCUGUAAUGACUUUUGUUUCUGGCAUCCCCAUGGGACCUCCACGGCUUCCACUUGUUAGUGCCUCCGAGGAAUUCAUUACCAAGGCCAAAGCCAAGCUGGAGAGCAUUGUGUGGCCUGAUGGUGACUGACUUCACUCCCACGUCGGUGUGGAAGCGGGGGCUCCUUUUCUGGGAUUCACGGUCGCUUGGCACACUCCUCAUGCAGUGGGCUGGUUUGGCUGUGAUCUCCUUCAGGAAAAUGAAAGUAAUCGGCCUGGAAGGACUGGCACACACGUAGCCAGCUGCCUGUUUAACUUCACUCUGCUCCCCUGGAGCUCUGCACUGCCCAGCACUGGCUGCUGUCAUUUAAGAAAAAAAAAAAAAAAAAAA